GAGUGUGUGCUUGGUGUGUGUUUGUGUGUGAGCUAGAAAAUGGCGGAGGCUUUUUCUCAGGAGGAAGAGUCUUUCACAUGUCCAGUGUGUCUUGAUCUGCUGAAGGACCCAGUGACUAUUCACUGUGGACAUAACUUCUGUAUGAGGUGCAUUAAGGGCUGCUGGGAUCAGGAGGAUCAGAAAGGAGUCUACAGCUGCCCCCUGUGCAAACACACCUUCACUCCCAGACCUGUCCUCUACAAAAACCCUCUGAUUGCUGAAAUGGUGGAGAAAUUUGGGAAGACCAGAAUCCAGACUGCUGAUCCUGCUCAGUGUUCUGCUGGACCUGGAGAUGUGGAGUGUGACGUCUGCACUGGGAGAAAACUCAAAGCCGUGAAAUCCUGUUUGGAUUGUGUCCUGUCUUACUGUGGAACUCACUUAAAGGUUCACAAUGAUGUAAACCCAGGAAGGAAACACUCAGUGAUUGAUGCCACAGGCCAGCUACAGGAGAGGAUAUGCCCUCGUCAUAAGAAGGUGUUUGAAAUAUUUUGUCGUACUGAUCAGAGUUGUAUCUGCUAUCUGUGUGUGAUGGAUGAUCAUAAAGGCCAUGACACAGUCACAGCUGUAGAAGAAAUGAACAACAAACAGAAGCAGUUGGGGCAGACCCAGAGGAGAUUCCAUCAGAGAAUCCAGGAGAGAGAAAAGGAGCUGCAGGAGCUGAGGAAGGCUGUGGAGACUCUGAAGAGCUCUGCACAGACAGCAGUGGAGGACAGUGAGAGGAUCUUCACUGAGAUGAUCCGCUCCAUUGAGAGAAGGCGCUCUGAGGUGACAGAGCUGAUCAGAGCUCAGGAGAAGGCUGAGGUGAGUCGUGCUGAAGGACUCCUGAAGAGACUGGAGCAGGAGAUUGCUGAGCUGAAGAGGAGAGAUGCUGAACUGGAGCAGCUUUCACACACAGAGGAUCACAUCCAUUUCCUCAAGAACAUCCCAUCAUUCAGAGACCCUCUUCACUCUAAAGACUUACCCAGCAUGACCUUCAACCAAAGUGUCUCUUUUGAGGCUGUGAAGGAAUCUGUCUCUGCAGUGAAGGUGCAGCUGGAGGAGAAACUGGAAGGCAUCUUCAAGCAGGAAGUACUAAAGAUAUCUGCAGCAGUGGCACAUACCGAGAUCAUCCCAUCUUUAAAAUAUACUGAUCCUGAACUCCCAAUCAGAAGAACAAACAGAAAGGACAGAAUGCCACCAAGAAUAAUAUUUUCUGUUUCAGUGUAUGACGUUUCAGUGCCUGGUGUUUUUCCUGAACCAGUGACCAGAAAGGAGUUCUUGCAGUACUCCGGUCACUUCACACUGGAUCCAAACACAGCACACAGAAACCUCCAUCUGUCUGAGUGGAACAGGAGGGUGGAGUGCAGAGAUGAGCUCCAGUCAUAUCCUGAUCAUCCAGAGAGAUUUGAUGGGUGGCCUCAAGUGCUGUGUAGAGAGGGUGUGUCUGGACGCUGCUACUGGGAGGUGGAGUGGAGAAGGGAGGUUCAUAUAGCAGUCUCAUAUAAAAGCAUCAGCAGGAAAGGAGAGGGUCUUGAGUGUUUGUUUGGAUUUAAUGAUCAGUCCUGGAGUCUGCAGUGCUCCAGCUCCAGCGGCUCCUCUUUCUGGCACAAUGCUAAAGAGACUGAACUCCCUAUAGUGGCCAGCUCCAGAAUAGGAGUGUAUGUGGACCUCAGGGCAGGAAGUCUGGCCUUCUACAGCGUCUCUGACACAAUGAUCCUCCUGCACAGAGUCCAGACCACAUUCACUCACACACUCUACCCUGGGUUUGAGGUAGGCAAUGGGUUUUUCGUGUGCACUGGAUCAUCAGUGAAGCUGUUGUGACCCACACUGUAUGCAGCAGGACAGAAAUGUAAAGACCCCGGAAACAGAUGAUACAGAUAGCUGCUGACCAGAUAUUAGAUCAGACUCAUGUCUGGUGGUGGGACAUUACGUGAUGUUGACUAGAAGUGAAUAUUUAUGAGCUUGUACUCGGGAGAUUUAAAAGGUGUUUGAUGGGUGAUGAAAUGUAAACUUUAUUGCAACAUGACUUACUGUAUAUGGCUGUCCCAAAACAUGUAUCACCACAUCACCAUUUGUAUAGGAUCUUAUGGUGGAUGUUAAAAUUUACAUUUUUAUUUUGAUAAAAAAAAAACACUUAAUCACUACUGUUGAUGGAGUAUAUUUCAUGUGUGAUGUAGUCAAUUCAAUAAUCGAUGUUUGUUUAUUGAACCUUUUAUAGUUGUUGUGUGAAUAAUUGAAUAAUUUGAAUAAUUUUCACCAAGAUCAAAAACAUUCUCUUUUCUGAUUGUACUGUAGAGUGGCUAUUAUUUCUGAAUAACGGAACACCAAAGACACAUUAUAGAUCUAGUAAAAAAGUUUGAUUACUGUUCCAUAUCAAUACUCAUUGAAUUGUAAAGGACGGUUGAGCCUAGAAGCAGCAAUGAUGCAACAAUGUAAUCAACUGUAAACAAACUAACAAACUGACCAUUAUCACUGUCAGGACCACAGAAAUAGGGCUCAAAUGCCAUUCUGGACAAAAUCCAGAUGAAUGGUCACCCUGGUUGUGGCUGUGUGUGUGUGUGUGUGUGUGUGUGUGUGUGUGUGUGUGUGUGUGUGUGUGUGUGUGUGUGUGUGUGUGUGUGUGUGUUUGUGCAUGUGCGCGUGUUUGGGCUAUGUGUCACCAAUCACCAACACUAGAUGGCAGUAGAGACCAGUAUUUUAAAGGUGGUGAAGGACACACCUGAACUAUUGUCAUCCACUGCGGCAUUGAUUUAAUAA